AUGUUUAUGAGAGGGGUAUUUCUAAAUAUUUUGCUUGGUCACCUCCUCAGAGCUGGUGCUGGCGCUACCUGUGUUCCUGUUCAGUGUCUGAGAUGUAACGCCACAGGAGAAUCUCAGGCAGAUCCUUGUCUACUCUGCUCAAACAAUACAGAGUGCAGCGACGAUAUUCCACCAAACUACAAAAAAGACUUUCAGGUUUCUGUCAACAGCACUGGAUCCAAUGUAAAAGAGGGUGAUGACAUCACUCUGACAUGUCUCCAUAACUUUCCCGAUUUGAAUCUGACUUUUGGGUGGAAGAGGGACGGGGAGGACAUCCACAAUGGCAAAAAUAAAAGCAAGCUGCAUCUCAAAAAUGUGUUUGCACGUAAAAGAGGCCGGUACAUCUGCUUUGUGAACAGCCUGUGUGGUUGUUACAAGUCUUCGCCACACAAGGUCACUGUAGAGGACCAAAGUGUGUUGCUCCUGAUAAUCUGCUGUGGUUCUGCUCUGGUGCUGGUCGUGAUUAUGGGGCUGGCUAUGAAGUUCAAGCUGAAAAGAGACGGAGCUAAACACAGAGAGAGGAGGGAGCAGAAGGCGAAGGAGCAGAACAGCGCUCCAGCUACAUUGACACCAAGAGAGUCCUAAAGAAGAACCACCUUUACCUUCAAAAAUGAUGAAUAGUAAUUCAGAAUCAGAACCGUUUAUUUCGCCAGAGUAUGUUGGCACAUACAAGGAAGGGGCGACUGUGGCUAAGUGGCUAGCAGGGCCGUCUUUCUAUCAGAGAGUCGGCUGUUCAGUCCCCGGCUCCGGCUCUGCUAGUCGCAUGUCGAUGUGUCUUUG